CAUGGUGAGAGUACCGCUCGUCCAAGUAGACGCGGUCGUCUCUUCUCUAUUUUUCACUUGCAUCCGUUCCCAUAAAACUCACUCUGUUCAGCCUUCCCGUUAUCCCCCAGCUCUACCGGCGGGAACCCAAUAAACCCUUGUAGAAUAAAGCGAACGAGAAGAAACAAUCGGAAAUCAUAAGCCCUGUUCUCAACAAUCCUCUGCUGAUGGUGUCAGUUUUAGGUGCUUCUCCACCCUUUUUCCGCCGCCUCCUAAGACAAUUCCCUGCCAAUGUAUUGCUCUUUUCCACAACUCCACGAACCCUGCAUCCAACUUCUAUUGCUGCUCUAAGAUCCGUGAGGACGCAGGGACUCGGAGGUGGCGCUGGUGAUGACCGUGCUAUGCUCAGAAGACCUGUUGUUUCGUCGGUUGUCGCCGAUGAGGAGACCGAGGAGGAAAGCUCGGUGAGGGAGGAGGAGGAUGAAGAGAGGACAGAGAAAGCGGGGUGGGUUGAUUGGGAGGAUCAGAUCCUGCAGGAGACUGUUCCUCUCGUAGGAUUCGUUCGGAUGAUCUUGCACUCCGGGAAGUAUGAGAUUGAUGACCGGCUAAGUGCAGAUCAUGAGAAAACUAUUGUUGAAAAGUUGUUACUUUAUCAUCCAGAGAGCGAAAAGAAGAUAGGAUGUGGAAUAGAUUAUAUCAAAGUUGGAUUACAUCCCGAGUUCCGUGAGUCACGCUGUCUCUUCAUUGUAAGAAGCAAUGGAGAGACUGUGGAUUUUUCCUAUUGGAAGUGUAUCAAAGGUCUGAUAAGAAAGAAAUAUCCACUCUAUGCGGAUAGCUUCAUCAUCAGACAUUUUAGAAGGCGAAGGCCAAAUGAGUGAGCAGCUAUCAGGUUAGGUUCAUCCUACAAGGCAAUGUAGAUGUGCGAUUUACUUUUAUUUAUUUCUUAUUUUUUGCAUUUUGUAAUACUCUUGCAAAGCAAUCCUUGAAAUUUCCAGUAUAAUACUUAUUUUUCCUUUUAA